UGUUUCAUCGUAUGUAUGUAUGUACUUUCUACAAUCUGGCAACCCUGACUGUAUUUACUUUGUGUGAGCGUUUGAAGUCUCUCCCAGCCCAUUCCGCUGCUCUGUGAUUGGAUGAAUCCGCGCACACUCAUGAAGUUCCUUUGAGUUUCCCGAGGAGGAAAGUUAGCGCGAGUCCUGAACGAUUCACCGUCAACAUGGACCUGAGGAAGCGCGUGCUUCUGCCGGUGCUGCUGCUGCUGAUUUUACAGGGUUGGUGUAUUGAACACACUCAAGGAUUUAAUGUGGGAACAUCAGGAGCUAAAAUUUUCUCGGGCCCAACAGUCGAUGAGUUUGGAUACACAGUGCAGCAGUUCAGCAAUCACCAGGGCAAAUGGUUAUUAGUGGGAGCUCCCUGGACAGGCUACAGUCAGAACAGGAAAGGAGACGUGUAUAAAUGUGCGAUUGAAGGCCCUACGACUACCUGCGCUAAACUCAACCUACAGAAUGGAGUCAACAUACCAAACGUGCAGAACAUCAACGUUAACAUGAGUCUGGGUCUGACCCUGAUACGAACCACCAAAAACGGCGGAUUUAUGACAUGUGGUCCUCUCUGGGCUCAGGGUUGUGGUUCUCAGUAUUUCUACCCGGGAGUGUGUGCGGAAGUGAGCCCUCUGUUCGUCCCGCAACCAGCAUUCUCUCCUGCUCUACAAACUUGCGGCGGGCCGAUGGACAUCGCUAUAGUCCUGGACGGAUCUAACAGUAUUUAUCCUUGGCCUCCUGUCGUGGAGUUUCUUAAGAAGCUCUUAGGACACCUCGAUAUCGGACCGCAGCAAUCUCAGGUCAGCAUCAUUCAGUAUGGCGUCGAUCCCAAAAUGGAGUUCAAGCUGAACGCUUAUAAAACCAGAGAGUCGAUCGUUCAGGCGGCUUCGGUGAUUCCUCAGAGAGGUGGAAUCGAGACGAACACGUUUCGAGCCAUCGAGUACGCCAGGGUGAACGCUUUUCUGCCUGCAAACGGAGGACGUCCGGGUGCCAGUAAAGUGAUGGUGGUGGUGACUGAUGGAGAGUCACAUGAUAACUCCCGAAGAAACACGGUCAUUCCAGCGUGCGAAAAAGACGGCAUUACUCGCUUCGGCAUUGCUGUGCUCGGGUACUACAUAAGGAAUAACAUCGACAGCAAAAAGCUUGUCGAGGAAAUCAAGUCAAUAGCCAGCAAUCCUGCAGAUAAAUAUUAUUUCAACGUGUCCGCCGAAGAGGCUCUCCUGGAGAUCGCCGGAACUCUGGGAGAUCGGAUCUUCAACAUCGAAGGCACGGGUACAGGCGGUGAAUUUCAGAUGGAGUUGUCGCAGGUUGGCUUCAGCGCGCACCAGACCAAAAACCAGGACGUGAUGAUGCUCGGGGCCGUCGGGGCGUACGGAUGGACCGGAACUGUAGUGCAUAAAACCGCUCAGACGUCAGAGAUUUUCCCCAAAGGCGCUUUUGAGCAAAUCCUUGAAGACAAAAACCACAGUUCGCUCCUGGGAUACUCGGUGAGCACUCUGUAUAGCGGUUCCACCGAGUACUUUGUAGCCGGUGCUCCUCGCUCCAACCACACGGGUCAGGUUGUGGUGUACACACUGAACAAGCAGAGACAACCCGACAUCCGACACUCACAGAGAGGAGAUCAGAUCGGCUCGUACUUCGGAAGUGUGCUCUGUCCCCUCGAUGUGGAUCGUGACGGGGUUACUGACCUCCUGCUGGUCGGCGCUCCGAUGUACAUGAGCGACGAGAAGAAGGAGAUGGGCAAAGUCUACAUCUUCACCGUUACCGACGGGUUCUUGAGUAGCCAGGGGUUUCUGGAAGGUUCCACUCCACAGGAGAACGCUCGGUUCGGAAUGGCCAUCGCCGCUGCUCCUGACCUCAACCUGGACGGCUUGACCGAUGUGGUGGUCGGAGCGCCGCUGGAGGAGAACGGCCAGGGAGCCGUUUAUAUUUAUAACGGAGACGCUCGGAGCAUCAGGAAGCAGAGCUCACAGAAAAUUCUUGCCGUGAAACUGGACCCGACGUUGAGGUACUUCGGACGCUCUUUAGACGCCGCUGGAGAUCUGAACGGAGACUCGGUCCCGGACGUCUCGGUGGGCAGUUAUGGGAAGGUGCUUCAGCUCUGGUCCAGGGGAGUGGCGGUGGUGAAGGCCCGGGUCACGUUCACCCCGGACAUGAUCAACAUCGAGAGUAAACCGUGUAGCUUCGGUGGACGGAAGGUGUCCUGUUUUAAAGCCAAAGUCUGCUUCAGCGCAGCGUUCAAACCGACGACGCCUGUCGGACCUGCAGAGAUUAAAUACAACAUGACGCUGGACGCCGACCUGCGGUCGUCUCGAUUCAGCUCCAGAGGUCAGUUCGGGAACUCCGAGCGAGUGGUCCAGCAGAACGUCGGCGUGUCCACGGCCGAGACGUGUGAGGAACAUCAGGUGUACGUUCAGGACACUCCUGACCUCGAAUCCAUCGCCGUCCGAGUCGAUAUCGGACUCCAGCAGCCGGACUCCAGCCCCGUCCUGGACGCCUUCAGUCCCAGCGCAUGGGAGUUUUUUAUCCCAUUUAUUAAAGACUGCGGUGGUGAUGACAUGUGCUACAGCGACCUGGUGUUGAGCGUCGAGAGAGAACCACCAAGCUCUUUGUUGCUGGUGAGUAAGAACAGUAGACUGUCACUGUCCGUGACGGUGAUGAACAGGAAGGAAAAUGCCUACAACACCAGAGUGAUAGCACGCUUCUCCAGCAACCUGUUCUACAGCUCCGUUACGCCACCUAGCGAUGAUACCGAGGUCAAAUGCACCUCCAGUAAAGACACCGAAAUCGUCACGUGUCAAGUUGGAUAUCCAGCGCUCAGGACUGACCAGUUGGUGACAUUCGAGAUCAAUUUUGACUUUAAUUUGGCACGAUUACAAAAGGAAGUCAAAGUGGCCUUCGAAGCCCAGAGUGACAGUAAAGAGGAAACUCCGGCGGAUAACAGUGAGACGAUGGCGAUCCCCGUCCAGUACAGGACCGAGAUCAUCCUCAGCAGAGAAGCCAACAUGAAUGUUUACUUGCUGGAUGAAAAGGAUGAAAUUACAAAUCCGAUAAAAACGUACAGUGACAUCGGCCCGGAGUUGAAGUUCAAUCUCAAGGUGUCUGGAGCAGUGUUUCCAGUCAGUCUGGUUUACCUCGACGUCUCGCUGCCCGUCAGUACUAAAUCAGGGAAUCAUCUGCUGUAUGUAACCUCAGUCGAGAGCAUACCGCAGAGUGAUGUUCAGUGUGAGACCCAAGCGCUGAUCGACCCGUUUAAGAUCAGAGACAAAGAAUACACAGCCACAUUCACCAAGGAGAGCUUCCGAGGAACCAGUCACCUGAACUGCGACACGGCCGUGUGUAAGCAGCUGAAGUGCGUGCUGAAAGACCUGAGCGUGAAAAGUGAUUACUAUAUCAGCGUCUCCGCGAGGAUCUGGAACGGAACGUUCGCCGAGGCUGAUUUCCAGUCGGUCGUAUUAGACGUGAACGCUCAGAUCGAGACGUCUCAGUCUGAUCUACUCGUUAUCGCCCACAAACAAGUGACGGUCGAUGUCACUGUGAGUAAACCAGGUGCCAAAGGUGAUGUACCUGUCGGAGUGAUCGUGGGCAGUGUGAUUGGAGGAUUACUCCUGCUGGCUGUUGCUGUCGCAGUGCUGUGGAAGCUGGGCUUCUUUAAGCGUAAAUACCAGCAGCUGCAGAGAGGCGAUGACGGUGCUGAAGCAGAAGGACUACAGGACAACGCGGGACAACCGUGAGACCCAGACGGAUUCCCCCGUCCGGUUCAAGACUAUCUGAUCUCGGAUCAGCUCGAGCUAAAGUAACCCUCGGAGACACGGAGAUCAGAUGCACAGCAGUGAGGAGGUGAACCUCAAACACACAGCAGCAGGCUGCGAUCUGGUUCGAAUGGAAAAGCAAAGGAACAACACUCCGACUGUCGUGCUGCUAUGGACGAUCCUCACAUCCGCUGCUUAUUUUCGCCAACACUGGAGAACGCUUCGUUUUUCACUCCGAGUCUCUGCAUCAGCGUAAGCCACGGGAAAUGGGCUUCCGUUCCUGUUUGUAUUUUUACUUUUAUUUGGAAAUACUGUAAAUAUAUUUGAUAGAGAAAUAUUGUUGAAAAUGAUACGCAGACUGCACUGACCUUUUUCCUGACAAAACUAGUUUUAUUGACGAGCACAGAACAACAUUAUUAUGUAAAUAUCUUUUUUUUUUUUUUUUUUUGUUACAUAUUUUUCAUUUUUAAAACCGGUCUAAUCAUAUUGGAGCAUCAUUUCAUGACACGUAUCAUUUUCACGAGAAACGUUUCUCAAUAUUCAGUAACGUCGCAUUUCAGUGUUGACGGCGACAACAAAACUUUUUCGAUGUCAUUUAUUCUGAAGUCAUAUCACCCAGCCAUUCAAACGAGCCACUACUCGAUCAUUAGUAGCGUGAAUGCUUUUUGGUGAAAUGCUAGCUCAGGUGCGGCCAAAAACCAUCGUUCUGACGGACAACACGUGGAACAUUUAACAUUACAGGCAGUCGAGUGCAAAAGUUUUCAUCCUCUUUAAUCAAGGCUUCAGUUCAAAUAGGCCUCGUUUAUCUUUUAGUAAAGUUGUGUGAGAAUGUUUUUCGCCAAACUGGACUGUCUGUAACCGCCAAGAGCGAUCGCGAAAAAGCUGCGAAUUACUGCGAGUUACAUUUUGACACACCAAUAAAACCAUAAAAAGUAAAGAAUGGUUAAAAAAAAAAAGACAAAACGAAGACCAAACGGUGAAGGAGCACAAACUCUUCCAGUCACAUGGUUAAGCAACCGCAGCACGUCAGCUACCAUAAUAACUCCUCCUCCUUUCAUAGGACGCCAUUACUUUUGUCCUAAUAGAAUGGCUAACUUUGAAAAGGAGGACAUGUUUAACCAACAGGAAACAAGUGCUCAACAUCCUGUUACACAACGUUUUUUUUUUUUUUUUAGAACAUGUAUACAUGCUCACUAUCCACUUUAUUAGGAACGCCUGUACAACUGCACAUUCACGCAGCUAUCGAAGCAUCCAAUCAUGUGGCUGCAGCACAAUGCAUAAAACCAUGCAGAUACAGGUCAAGAGCUUCAGUUCAUGUUCACAUCAAACAUCAGAAUAAAGAAAAAGUGACAUCUCUGAGACUUUAACCCUGGCAGGAUUGUCGGUACCAGAUGGGCUUAGGAUUUUCACACACAACCGUCUCUAGAGUUGACACAGAAUGGCGCCAAAAAAAAAAAAAAAAAAAAACAUCCCGUGAGCGGAGGGUCUGCAGGCUGGAUCACCUUGUUCACACUUUCUCUUUAUUCUGAUGUUUGAUGUGAACAUUAACGGAAGCUCUUGACCUGUAUCUGCAUGAUUUGAUGCAUUUAUACAUGCCACACGGUUGGCUGAUUGGGAUGACUGCAUGAAUGUGCAGCUGUUCCUAAUAAAGUGGACGGGACGUGUAUAAGAUUUCAGAGAAAAUGGACGUUUCGGACCAAAAUCCUUCAUCAGCUGUGAAACAAGAGUGCUGUAUAUAAACUGUGUAUAUUUAUAUAAUCGUCAUUAGAAGAUGCAUUAAAACCGAAUGAGCAAAAUCUCUACAUCAAAUAUGUCUAAAAGCUUGUUUCUGCUGCGUAUGAGUAAAUAUUACACAGAUAUAUAUAUAUAUAUAUAUAUCUCGCAGCUUAUGUUCCUCGCAUACACACUACGGGGUUUUGCUGAGUGAUUAUAGGAAAAGGAAGCACUAAGUCAAUAUCGUGCGAUAUUAAUAAUUAUUACUGAGAUUAUUUUUUUUAAAAGGCCAAUUGUAAAAUUUUAGCUCACAGUUGUGAGAUGUAAAGUCACAGCUGAGUGAUAUUAACUAGCAGCUGUGAGCGGAAAAUGUGACGGUUUGUGAAAAUAACCCCUAGUUUCGAGAUUUAAAAAAAAUAAAUAAAGACACAAUGGAAUGAUUAUUAACUUGUAACUGUGACCAAAAAAAAAAAGUUGCAUCCAAAUGACACGAUUUUGAGAUCAAGUGCCGACCGAGCAAUUAUUAACUCUAACUUAAUUAAGUGACGUUAACUUGCAUUUGCGAGGAAAAAAAGGCACAGUUUCGUGAAAAUAACGGAAUUUUUAAAUUGUAAUUGCAAAUUAUUUUUCAGGCAACUGCGAGUAAAUAUCACUCAAUCGUGACGUUAAAACAACAAAAAAAAUUGAUAUGAACUGACGAUUGAGCAAUUAUUAACUCGCAAUUACGAGAUUGAAAAAACUAAAUUUGAGGGAGGGUUCGUCCCAAACAGCUGUCUAGCUCUCUAGGUGAUGAAUCAGUACAUCGAGUACACGAGUUAGGGCACUAAUAAGGACCCUGACUCACUACACGUUUGGACGCUGAUAACUGGAUUUCCGCCGACACGACUACGUACUCGUGUUGUCAAACGUCACCGCUGACAUUUAACCAACAACAUGACCGAUGUCUUUCUGACAUUAUAUGUCGUAUCGAUUUGUUAGUUUAAUCCCGUGCGCUUCAGUGACGGUACUUCAGGCAGGAGCGUAUUUUUAAAAAAUCUCUAAACACUUAAAUGUCGUCAUUAGACGUUAUAUAGAACAUCAAAUAAAGUUUUAAAAAAUCCUUAGCGCAAGUAAUCGUUUCAGCGCUACAACAACGAUAACAAGCUCCUUACAUUUGUAGACGGAAGUUGCCUGAGAGUUCGUCGGCCAUUUUGUCUCCAGCUGAGAGGCUUCAGUAAACGUGACGUUAUUUCCGGUUUGAACAUAACGAGCGUCGAUGCUCCUGGUUUUUGCGGUGCAUUGUGGGAUUUUUUUUUUUACGGAGCGGACGUUCCAGUGCACCGGAAAGCAUUUUAGCAUUCAAAAUGGCCGCCUCGCUGCUCAGCGCCCAGACUACUGAACUAGAGAGCUGAUUGACACGCAGUUGUAUAAAAAUAACUCCCGAUUAAUGAGCAGUCGCAUGAUGAUGAUUCACAAUCACGAGCGUAAUAUUUUCCCCUACGCGGUGGAAACAAGAUUCCAUAAAUAUAGCUAUUUUAUUUUAUUUUAUGUAUCGUUAAACACCAUGCAUUCGUUCCUCUCUCUCUCUCUCUCUCUCUCUCUCUCAGGAAUAGAAAACAUUAACUAAACUACUGGAACACUUUGUACUGUAAUAUUUAAACACUCUGCUGACUGAAACGUGUUCGUCACGCCCCAGGCAGCAGAAUGACGUUUUUGGGAAUUUAAAAAAAUUAAUAAAUAAAUGUCUAAAAUAUCUAUCUUUUUUUUUUUCACCUCACGUGAAAAUGUAUUGUUUAAUUUUUUAGAGUUUCUUUACAUGUUCAUCCGGCACUUUACUCACUUCUCACUUACCCAUUAAGUUCGCUUUAGUGAUUCUGAUCGUACUUAACGUUCUGGAUUUAUCUUUUUUUUUUCCCUUGUAUUUUAUUUUCACAAACGCUUUAUUUUAGAUUUCUUUUUGACCAUCUGGAACAAAAAAAAAAAAACACUUUUAAAAACAUACCUUUAAAAAACUUUGUAGCAUUUUUUAUUAUUAUUAUUAUUAUUCCAUCCUUUAGGCUUUGGUAAGAGUUUGUAUUUUUAUACUUUACUCAGACUGUACAGCAUGAGUGUAAAUUUAAGAUUUGAUUAUUUACUGAAUUCUGCAAUAAGUUAAAUAUGUACUGUAGUCAGGUUUUAUUCUUCAAAUUAAAAAUUUCAAAAUACUGAUUACUAUAUUAAUGCUUUUCUAUAAAUUUAUCAGAGCACUAAAUGUUUACAGAAGUUGUUUGUUGUUGUUUUUUUUGCAAUGGUACGUUAUUUCAAUUUUUGUCUAAAUAAUAGAUCAAACAGGGCAAUUUAUUCAAAUGAUCAUUAAAACAUUGUAAUUUGCUUAAUUUGUCGUGGUUUUCAUUC